AUGGCCACGCUGGAGAAGCCCACGAAGGCUCCUGAGUCACUCAAGUCAUUCCAGCAUGAGCAGCAGCAGCAACCCCUGCCACCACCAUUAUCAUCCAGAUGGCUGUCAACUUAUGAGAUCUUUGAGGAACCAUGUUAUAAAUGCACAGGGGCAAAGUCCUCUUCAAGACUCUCCUGGGACAACCCUCCAUCUUUGAUAAUUCAUACUGGAAAGAAACUGUACAAAUAUGAAGAAUGUUACAAGUCCUUUACCAACACCUCAUACGUUAGAGUGCAUGAGAAAAUUCAUACUGGAGAGAAAGCCUACAAAUGUGAAGACUGUGACAAAUUCUUUACCAACACCUCAUAUGUUAGAGUGCAUGAGAUAAGUCACACUGGAGAGAUACCCUACAAGUGUAUAAAGACUGUGACAAGUCCUUUACUAACACCUCAUUUCUUAGAGUUGGUGCGGAGCCUGAGGUGGCGGAAGCGGAAGGGGUCUUGGCGGGAUGCAGAAGUUCACUGCGGCCAGUGGAACCACGGCGGAGAGGUUGGUGCAGAGCUGAUGCGGGGUGGGUCGGCGAGGGCCCAGCAGGAUCCACUGAUAUUCAAGGAUGUGUCCAUAGCCUUCUCCCAGGAGGAGUGGGAAUGCCUAGACUCUGCUCAGAGGGCUUUGUACAGGGAGGUGAUGUUGGAGAACUACAGCAAUCUUCUGUUUAUAGGUCUUGCUGUGUGUAAGCCUGUUCUGGUCUCCUGUCCGGAAGAAAGCAAAGAGCCCUGGAAUGUGAAUAGAAGGGAGACUAGCAUGUAUAAUGUAGAGAAACCCUACAGAUGUGAGGAAUGUGACAGGUCCUUUACUUUGAUGUCACGUUUCAAAUUAUAUCAGGGGAGUCAUACUGGAGAGAAAUGCCAAAAAUGUGAAGAAUGUGGCAAAUCCUUUAGUAAAUGGUCAAGUCUUAGAGCACAUCAGCGAAUACAUACUGGAGAGAAACCCUACAAAUGUGAAGAAUGUGGCAAGUCCUUUAGUGAAUGGUCAAAUCCUAGAAGACAUCAGAGAAUAAAAACUGGAGAAAAACCCUACAAAUGUGAAGAAUGUACCAAGGCCUUUACUCAUAUGUCAAAAUUUCAAUUACAUCACCAAAUGCAUACCAUAGAGAAACCCUUCAGAUGUGAAGAAUGUGGAAAAUCAUUUAAUAAAAUGUCAAGUCUUAGAAAAAAUCAACAAAUACAUACUGGAGAAAAACUCUACAGAUGUGAAGAAUGUAGCAAGUCCUUUAGUCAUGUCUCAUAUCUUAGAGUACAUCAGCGAAUACAUACUGGAGAGAAACCCUACAGAUGUGAAGAAUGCAGCAAGUCCUUUAGUCAAAGGUCACAUCUUAGAUUACAUCAGCGAAUACAUACUGGAGAGAAACCCUUCAGAUGUGAAGAAUGUGGCAAGUCCUUUAGUAAAUAUUCAAAUCUUAGAAGACAUAAACAAAUACAUACUGGAGAGAAACUGUACAGAUGUGAAGAAUGUGGCAAGUCCUUUAGUCAAAGGUCAUACCUUGGAUUACAUCAGCGAAUACAUACUGGAGAGAAGCCCUGCAGAUGUGAAGAAUGCGGCAAGUCCUUUCGUCAAAUCUCACAUCUUAGAUUACAUCAGCGAAUACAUACUGGAGAGAAACCGUACAGAUGUGAAGAAUGUGGCAAGUCCUUUAGUCAAAGGUCACAUCUUAGGGUACAUCAGCCAAUACAUACUGGAGAGAAGCCCUACAGAUAUGAAGAACGUGGCAAGUCCUUUAGUCAAAUGUCAAGUCUUAUAAGACAUCACUGAAUACAUAAUGGACAAAAACCCUACAGAUGUGAAGAAUGCAGCAAGUCCUUUAGUCAAAUCUCACAUCUUAGAUUACAUCAGUGAAUACAUACUGGAGAGAAGCCCUACAGAUGUGAAGAAUGUGGCAAAUCCUUUAGUAAAUGGUCAAAUCUUAGAAGACAUCAGCGAAUACAUACUGGGGAGAAACCCUACAGAUGUGAAGAAUGUGGCAAGUCCUUCAGUGAAUGGGCAAGUCUUAGAAGAAAGCAACGAAUAUGUAUAAUCCUGCAGAUAGAGCGGACAGGUCCGAGAUGGCCAGAUGCCUGUGUUCAGCUCUUUCCCUCUGCACAAAUCCCCUCUCAUUUCUCGGCUGCUGAGUCACGGUGUUGCGCGGCUGCCAGGGCCAUGCUGGAGAAGCCCAUGAAGGAGUCACUCAAGUCAUUCCAGCAUAAGCAGCAGCAGCAGCGACCCCGUGCUGCCACCAUUAUUAUCCAGAUGGCUGUCGACUCAGUACAUGAGAGAAUUCUUACUGGAGAGAAAGCCUACAAAUGUGAAGACUGUGACAAGUCCUUUAGCAACACCUCAUAUCUUAGACUGCAUGAGAGAAUUCAUACUGGUGAGAAAUACUACAAAUGUGAAAAUUGUGACAAGUUCUUUACCAACAUGUCAAAGCUUAGAAUACAUCAGAGAAUUCAUGCUGGAGAAAACCCAUACCAAUGUGAAGAAUGUGAGCCUUUAGUCAAAUGGCGCAUCUUAGAGGUCAUCAGAGAAUUCAUACUGGAGAGAAAUACUACAAAUGUGAAAAUUGUGACAAGUUCUUUACCAACAUGUCAAAGCUUAGAAUACAUCAGAGAAUUCAUGCUGGAGAAAACCCAUACCAAUGUGAAGAAUGUGAGCCUUUAG